GUCAGGUUCCGGCUAAAGUGACCGGAAGUAACGGCCGGGCCAAGAUGGCUGCAGAGGAGGAGGUCGUGAGUGCUGCUUCCGUCCACACUGCGGCCAUGGAGCGGGUUCUACCCAUGCUGUUGGUGCGGGUCCCCGCCGAAGCUAUGGGGCAGCUGGGCUCCCACGCGCAGCUGCACACACAGCAAGAGGUUCUGGGGAGCCUGACGGCUGCAGGCAGCCUCCAGGUGCUUUCUUUGGCGCCUGGCAGCCAGGGCGGGGGUCGCUGCUGCCUGGAGGGCCCCUUCUGGCACUUUAUGUGGGAGGAUUCUCGUAACAGCAGCACACCAACUGACAAGCCCAAACUGCUCGCUCUUGGUGAAAAUUAUGAACUGCUUAUCUAUGAAUUUAAUUUGAAAGAUGGAAGAUGUGAUGCAGCCAUUUUGUAUAGCUAUAGUGGGGAGGCAUUGCAAAAGCUCAUUGAAGAUCAAGGUAUCAGUAUUUCCUUAUUGUCUUUGAGAAUCCUGUCAUUUUGCAAUAACACAUCAUUACUAUUCAUCAACAAAUGUAUUGUCCUGCAUAUUAUAUUUCCUGAAAGAGAUGCCGCAAUUAGAGUACUCAACUGUUUCACACUACCCUUGCCUGUGCAGGCAGUGGACACAAUUAUUGACACACAGCUCUGCAAAGGAGUUCUUUUUGUUUUGAGUAGCUUGGGCUGGAUCUACAUUUUUCACGUUGUGGAUGGUACAUAUGUAGCUCAUGUGGAUUUAACACUUCAUGAAGAAGAUACGUGUAAUGAGCACCAGCAGGAGCCAGCCAAGAUUUUUACUUCACUGAAAGUGUCUCAAGACCUUGAUGUAGUGAUUGUGAGCUCCUCCAACUCCGCAAUUGCUGUUAACUUAAAUUUAUAUUUCAGGCAACACUCAGGACACCUACUGUGUGAAAGAACACUAGAAGACCUUCCUAUUCAAGGACCUAAGGGGAUAGAUGAAGAUGAUCCUGUUAGCUCUGCCUACAGCAUGAAACAGACCAAGUUUUCCUUCCAAAUUGAUAGGUCUUGGAAAGCCCAGCUAUCAUCAUUGAAUGAAACAAUAAAGAACUCCAGACUGAAGGUUUCCUGUUGUGUUCCGUGGUUCAGGGAUAUUUUGCAUUUGGAGUCACCUGAAUCUGGUAACCACAGUACCAGUGUGACAAGCUGGGCAUUCAUUCCACAGGACAUAAUGGACGGGCAAUAUAAUUUUCCACAGAAAGAUCAUGCCAAGACCAGUGAUCCAGGAAGACCAUGGAAGAUAAUGCACAUCAGUGAACAAGAGGAACCCUUAGAGCUUAAAUGUGUGUCUGUGACAGGAUUCACUGCAUUGUUUACUUGGAAAGUGGAAAGGAUGGGCUGUACUAUUGCCCUCUGGGAUUUGGAGACCCAGAGCAUGCAGUGUUUUUCCCUUGGCAGAAAGUGUAUUCCUAUAGACAGUAGUGGAGACCAGCAACUGUGCUUUGUAUUGACAGUGGCUGGGAUAGAAAAUCGUCAGCUGGACACAGUAGAUUUCUUUCUGAAGAGCAAGGAAAAUCUUUUUAACCCAUCGUCACAAUCGUCUGUACCUGAUCAGUUUGAUCAUUUUUCAUCCCAUUUAUAUUUAAGAAAUGUGGAAGAGUUGAUACCAGCAUUGGAUUUACUUUGCUCAGCAAUUCGGGGAAGCUAUUCUGAACCCCAAAGCAAACACUUUUCAGAACAAUUGCUUAAUCUUACACUGUCUUUCCUUAACAAGCAAAUAAAGGAGCUUUUUAUUCAUACUGAAGAUCUAGAUGAACAUCUGCAAAGAGGAGAGAACAUUUUGACUGGCUACAUUAAUGAACUUCGAACCUUCAUGAUAAAGUUUCCUUGGAAGCUAACAGAUGCUAUAGAUGAAUAUGAUGUACAUGAAAAUGUCCCCAAAGUAAAGGAAAGCAGUAUAUGGGAGAAACUCAGCUUUGAGGAAGUUAUUGCCAAUGCCAUUUUAAACAACAAAAUACCAGAGGCACAAACUUUCUUCAGGAUGAAUAGUCAUUCUGCUCAAAAACUUGAGGAGCUGAUUGGAAUAGGCCUAAAUUUGGUCUUUGAAAAUUUAAAAAAAAACAAUAUAAAGGAAGCCUCUGAACUUUUGAAGAAUAUGGGGUUCAAUGUAAAAGACCAAUUGCUCAAGAUAUGCUUCUAUACACCUGAUAAAAAUAUACGGAACUUUUUGGUUGAAAUUUUAAAAGAAAAAAAGUAUUUUUCUGAAAAAGAAAAAAGAACUAUAGACUUCGUGCAUCAAGUUGAGAAACUUUAUUUGGGACAUUUCCAAGAACAUGUGCCAAUCCAGUCAUUUCCCAGGUAUUGGAUAAACGAACAAGAUUUUUUCACACACAAGUCUGUUUUGGACUCAUUCCUGAAGUAUGAUUGUAAAGAUGAAUUUAACAAACAGGAACACAGAAUUGUGUUAAAUUGGGCUCUGUGGUGGGAUCAACUAACACAAGAAUCCAUUCUUCUCCCCAAGAUAAGUCCAGAAGAAUACAAAUCAUAUUCCCCUGAAGCCCUGUGGAGAUACCUCACAGCUCGCCAUGAUUGGUUAAACAUUAUCCUGUGGAUUGGAGAAUUUCAAACCCAGCAUAGUUAUGCUUCACUUCCACAGAGCAAAUGGCCCCUUCUGACUGUUGAUGUUAUUAACCAGAAUACUUGCUGUAACAACUACAUGAGGAAUGAAAUUUUGGAUAAGUUGGCCAGGAAUGGGGUUUUUCUGGCACCUGAACUGGAAGAUUUUGAAAGCUUCCUCCAAAGACUAAGCCGUAUUGGAGGUGUAAUACAGGAUACCCUCCCUGUUCAAAACUACAAGACCAAAGAAGGUUGGGAUUUCCAUUCUCAGUUCAUUCUAUAUUGUUUGGAGCACAGUCUGCAGCAUCUUCUUUAUGUCUACCUUGACUGUUACAAACUUAGUCCUGAAAAUUGUCCCUUUUUGGAAAAAAAAGAGUUACAUGAAGCACAUCCUUGGUUUGAAUUUUUAGUUCAGUGUCGACAAGUUGCCAGUAAUUUAACAGAUCCCAAACUGAUCUUCCAGGCCAGCCUUGCAAACGCUCACAUUUUGAUUCCCACUAAUCAGGCCAGUGUAAGCAGUAUGCUACUGGAAGGACAUACCCUCCUAGCCCUUGCUACUACAAUGUAUGCUCCUGGGGGUGUCAGCCAGGUUGUUCAGAAUGAAGAAAAUGAAAACUGUAUGAAGAAAGUGGAUCCCCAGCUACUAAAGAUGGCAUUAACUCCUUACCCCAAGCUAAAAACUGCUCUUUUCCCACAGUGCACUCCUCCUAGUGUCCUGCCAUCUGAUAUUACACUCUACCACCUUAUUCAGUCAUUAUCACCCUUUGAUCCUAGCAGAUUGUUUGGCUGGCAGUCUGCUAACACACUAGCUAUAGGAGAUGCAUGGAGUCAUCUCCCACAUUUCUCUAGCCCUGACCUGGUUAAUAAAUAUGCUGUAGUAGAACGUCUGAAUUUUGCUUAUUACUUACAUCAUGGACGACCAUCAUUUGCGUUUGGUACUUUUCUGGUCCAGGAAUUAAUCAAGAGCAAGACUCCCAAGCAGCUGAUCCAGCAAGUAGGCAAUGAAGCCUAUGUUUUAGGGCUCUCCUCCUUCCACGUACCUUCAACAGGAGCUGCAUGUGUCUGUUUCUUAGAAUUGCUUGGACUUGACAGCCUCAAGCUCAGAGUUGAUAUGAAAGUAGCCAAUAUAAUUUUGAGCUACAAGUGUAGAAAUGAAGAUGCUCAGUACAGUUUUAUCAGAGAGUCUAUAGCUGAAAAACUGUCUAAACUAGCUGAUGGUGAAAAGGCAACCACAGAAGAAUUGCUUGUUCUCUUAGAAGAAGGUACAUGGAACAGCAUUCAGCAACAGGAAAUAAUGAGGUUAUCCGGUGAAUCCAGCAGCCAGUGGGCCUUAGUGGUACAGUUCUGCAGGCUACACAAUAUGAAACUGAGCUUGUCUUACCUUAAAGAAUGUGCCAAAGCAAAUGAUUGGCUGCAGUUCAUUAUUCACAGCCAACUCCACAACUACCACCCAGCAGAGGUGAAAUCCCUUAUCCAGUACUUCAGCCCAGUUGUUCAAGACCACUUAAGGCUGGCUUUUGAGAACUUGCCCUCAGUGCCCUCCUCCAAAAUGGACAGCAAUCAAGUCUGUAAUAAGUCCCCGCAGGAACUCCAGGGAAGCAAAGAAGAGAUGACGGAUUUAUUUGGAAUUCUGCUACAGUGUUCAGAGGAGCCAGACUCCUGGCACUGGCUUCUUGUUGAAGCAGUGAAACAACAGGCCCCUAUCCUCAGUGUUCUGGCCUCAUGUCUUCAGGAUGCCAGUGCUGUUUCUUGUCUCUGUGUUUGGAUCAUCACUUCUGUGGAGGACGGUGUUGCAGCUGAAGCAAUGGGACACAUUCAGGACUCAAUAGAGGACCACGCCUGGAACCUUGAGGACCUUUCAGUCAUCUGGAGAACAUUAUUAACAAGACAGAAGAGUAAAACUCUCAUCAGAGGUUUUCAACUUUUCUUUAAGGAUUCCCCAUUACUGUUGGUGAUAGAGAUGUAUGAACUGUGUAUGUUCUUCAAGAAUUAUAAAGAAGCCGAAGCUAAACUUCUGGAGUUUCAAAAGAGCCUUGAAAUGCUUAACACAGCAGCCACAAAGGUCCACCCUGUCAUCCCUGCCAUGUGGCUGGAGGAUCAGGUGUGUUUCCUUUUGAAGCUUAUGCUACAGCAGUGUAAGACCCAGUAUGAGCUGAGGAAGCUUCUACAGCUAUUUGUUGAAAGAGAGCAUCUCUUCUCUGAUGGUCCAGAUGUGAAGAAACUGUGUGUCCUUUGCCAAAUUUUGAAGGAUACAUCCAUAGCCAUUAAUCUUAACAUUAUUACCAGCUAUAGCAUUGAGAAUUUUCAGCAUGAAUGUAGAUCUAUUUUGGAAAGACUGCAGACAGAUGGACAGUUUGCUUUGGCCAGAAGGGUAGCAGAAUUAGCUGAGUUACCUGUGGACAACUUGGUUAUUGAAGAGAUAACACGGGAAAUGCAGACCCUAAAACACAUUGAACAGUGGUCACUAAAACAAGCAAGAAUUGACUUCUGGAAAAAAUGCCAUGAGAAUUUUCAGAAAAAUUCAAUUUCAAGCAAAGCAGCUUCUUCCUUUUUCUCAGCUCAGGCCCAUGUGGCAUGUGAGCACCCAACUGGACAGAGCAGCAUUGAGGAGCGCCAUCUGCUGCUCACCCUGGCAGGGUACUGGCUUGCUCAGGAGGACCCGGUGCCUCUGGACAAGCUGGAGGAGCUGGAGAAGGAGAUCUGGCUCUGCCGCAUCACCCAGCACACACUUGGAAGAAAUCAGGAAGAAACAGAGCCCAGAUUUUCUCGACAGAUCUCAACUAGUGGUGAACUUUCCUUUGAUAGUUUAGCCAAUGAGUUUUCCUUCUCCAAGUUGGCUGCUCUGAACACAUCAAAAUACUUAGACCUUAACAGCAUUCCAUCCAAAGAGACAUGCGAAAGUAGACUGGAUUGGAAAGAGCAGGAGUCACUAAACUUUUUGAUUGGGCACCUACUGGAUGAUGGCUGUGUGCAUGAAGCAAGUAGAGUAUGCCAGUAUUUUCAUUUUUAUAAUCAAGAUGUCACCUUGGUGUUGCACUGCAGAGCACUGGCCUCAGGAGAAGCUAGUGUGGAGGAUGUGCACCCGGAGAUCCAUGCUCUCUUAGGAAGUGCUGAGCUGCUUGAGGAAGAAGAGCCUGACGUUCUCCUAAGGAGAGUCCACAGCACCUCAAGUCUGGAUAGUCAAAAGUUUGUGACAUUGCCCUCCAAUGAUGAAGUGGUGACUAACUUGGAAGUGCUGACAAACAAAUGCCUCCAUGGGAAGAACUACUGUCGACAGGUCCUCUGUCUGUAUGAUCUUGCCAAGAAGUUGGGCUGUUCCUACACAGAUGUUGCUUCUCAGGAUGGUGAAGUCAUGCUCCGGGAAAUCUUGGCCUCACAGCAGCCUGACCGAUGCAGACGAGCCCAGGCCUUCAUCAGCACCCAGGGCCUUAAGCUAGAUACUGUGGCUGAACUCGUGGCAGAAGAGGUGACACGGGAGCUGCUGACUCCAUCACAGGGAACAGGACAUAAGCAGAUGUUCAGCCCAACAGAGGAAAGCCACACAUUUCUUCAGCUUAUCACUCUGUGUCAAGACCGCACAUUGGUAGGAAUGAAGUUGUUGGAUAAGAUUUCCUCCGUUCCCCAUGGGGAAUUGUCUUGCACCACAGAGCUCCUGAUCCUGGCACAUCAUUGCUUCACCCUGACAUGCCACAUGGAGGGCAUCAUCCGAGUCCUACAGGCUGCCCGGAUGCUCACAGAUAACCACCUGGCCCCCAGUGAGGAGUAUGGGCUGGUGGUACGGCUCCUCACUGGCAUUGGAAGGUACAACGAGAUGACAUACAUAUUUGAUUUGCUGCAUAAAAAGCACUACUUCGAAGUGCUGAUGAGGAAGAAGCUGGAUCCGAGUGGUACCCUGAAGACAGCCCUGCUGGACUAUAUCAAACGCUGUCGUCCUGGAGACAGUGAGAAGCACAAUAUGAUUGCCCUGUGCUUCAGUAUGUGCCGGGAGAUUGGCGAGAACCACGAGGCAGCUGCCCGCAUCCAACUGAAAUUGAUUGAGUCUCAGCCCUGGGAGGACAGCCUCAAGGAUGCGCACCAGCUGAAGCAACUACUGAUGAAAGCCCUGACUCUAAUGCUGGAUGCAGCAGAGAGCUAUGCCAAGGACUCCUGUGUGCGACAGGCCCAGCACUGUCAGCGGCUCACCAAGUUGAUAACUCUGCAGAUUCACUUUCUGAACACUGGCCAGAACACAAUGCUCAUCAACUUGAGCCGCCACAAGCUGAUGGACUGUAUCCUGGCCCUACCUCGGUUCUAUCAGGCUUCUAUUGUGGCUGAGGCCUAUGAUUUUGUUCCAGAUUGGGCUGAAAUUUUAUACCAGCAAGUGAUUCUUAAAGGAGAUUUUAAUUACUUGGAAGAAUUUAAGCAGCAAAGGUUAUUAAAGUCCAGUAUAUUUGAAGAGAUUUCAAAAAAAUAUAAACAACAUCAGCCUACUGACAUGGUCAUGGAAAACCUGAAGAAAUUACUCACAUAUUGUGAAGAUAUUUACUUGUAUUACAAGUUGGCUUACGAACACAAGUUUUAUGAAAUUGUAAAUGUGCUUCUAAAGGACCCUCAGACGAGCUGUUGUCUGAGGGACAUGCUAGCAGGUUAGAUGAUUUCAUAAGUGCCCGUUUUCUUGUACUGUUAGCAGGUUCUGACAGAUGUGGUGAGUAGAAAAAUGCAUUAGAGAUCUUUGCUAAAGUUGAACAAUCCUGGUACUGUACCAUGUCAGUCAUUUGAAGGUAGUAGGCAGCGACUAAGAAACUUCAGAAAAAUUCCUAUUUAAAUUGGAUUGAUUUUAGAUGAUUGUUCAUCUAUACCAUUUUAUAUAGAUACUAGUAUUAAGAUCAAAAGCUUCCUCUUCCUCAGGACAGCUUCUACUUUAGAUGAUCCAAUAAUGAUUAAAGAAUACCUGUACCUUCAGAUUCCAGUUUCAAAGAAAUUUAAUAUUAUUUACACAGUUAAGUAACAGGUGAUACAUUUUCAUUUGUUAGAAACUGAUCUUUCUGUAAUAAAAUAGAUUUUUAAUUCA